AUGUCUGGACAAGGUGCUCGGGAGAAUGUGUUCCCCACACGUAUGACAUUGACGCUCACCAAGACGCGUCUGAAGAGUGCACAGACCGGACAUUCACUUUUGGCUAAGAAACGAGAUGCCCUUACAUUGAGAUUCCGUGCAAUCCUUAAGAAAGUUGACGAGGCUAAAAGGCAAAUGGGACGUGUCAUGCAACUCGCUGCGUUCUCGAUGGCCGAGGCGACCUAUGCUGCUGGUGACAUUUCCUAUUCUAUACAGAAGCAAGCCAAGUCACCAAGCUUCAAGGUUAAGGCCAAACAAGAGAACGUAUCUGGAGUUGUUCUUCCCACAUUUGAAGUAGAGGAGAUUGGUGGUAACGACUUUAAUCUGGCCGGUCUAUCUCGAGGUGGCCAACAAAUUCAGAAGACAAGACAAACGUACGUCAACGCGGUAAAGACUUUGGUGGAAUUAGCCUCGCUUCAAACGGCCUUUACUAUUUUGGACGAAGUGAUUCGCGCAACCAAUCGACGAGUCAACGCGAUCGAGCAUGUUGUUAUUCCCCGAUUAGAGAACACAAUCGCCUACAUUAUCUCCGAGUUGGAUGAGGCAGAUCGUGAGGAAUUUUUCAGACUAAAGAAAGUUCAAGGAAAGAAGAAACGCGAUGCGGCGAUCGCGGAGGCGGAGCGGCUAGCAUUGCAGGAGGCAGCCGAGAAGUCUGGAGGUGUACCUGCUGCUGCAGCCCCAGACGGAGACGAUGCACCUUCAAACUUACUAGGUGAUAAGGAUGAGGAUGUUAUUUUCUAA